CAGUCGUGGGCAGCUCUGUGCCGGCAGCAGCAGGGGGGGCGUCGUGGGCAGGAUGAGCGCAGGUUCGGACCCCGUGGUCAUCGUCGCCGCAGCGCGGACCGCCAUAGGCUCCUUCAGUGGUGCCUUAUCUACUGUUCCUGUCCAGGACCUGGGCUCAACUGUCAUUAAAGAAGUCCUGAAGAGGGCCACUGUGGCUCCAGAAGAGGUGUCCGAAGUCAUAUUUGGGCAUGUUUUGGCAGCAGGAUGUGGGCAGAAUCCUGUUCGGCAAGCCAGUGUGGGUGCAGGAAUUCCCUACUCAGUUCCAGCGUGGAGCUGCCAGAUGAUCUGUGGGUCAGGUCUGAAAGCCGUGUGCCUUGCAGCCCAGUCAAUAGGGAUAGGAGACUCCAGCAUUGUGGUUGCAGGAGGCAUGGAAAGUAUGAGCAAGGCUCCACACUUAGUUCACCUGAGAGCAGGAGUAAAGAUGGGUGAGGUGCAGCUGGCCGACAGUGUACUCUGUGAUGGUCUCACAGAUGCAUUUCACAACUAUCAUAUGGGCAUUACAGCUGAAAAUGUAGCCAAAAAAUGGCAAGUAAGUAGAGAAGAUCAGGACAAGCUUGCAGUUCUGUCCCAGAAUAGGACAGAGAGUGCACAGAAAGCCGGCCAUUUUGACAAAGAGAUUGUACCUGUUUUUGUGUCUUCUAGAAAAGGUCUUACUGAAGUUAAAACAGAUGAGUUUCCUCACCACGGGAGCAACAUAGAAGUCAUGUCCAAGCUAAAGCCUGCCUUUCUUAAGGAUGGAACGGGAACAGUCACCGCAGCUAAUGCUUCAGGAAUAAAUGAUGGUGCUGCAGCUGUGGUUCUUAUGAAGAAGUCAGAAGCUGAUAAUCGUGGGCUCACACCUCUAGCCCAGAUAGUUUCAUGGUCACAAGCAGGUGUGGAACCUUCCAUUAUGGGAAUAGGACCAAUUCCAGCAAUAAAGCAAGCUGUUGCAAAAGCAGGUUGGUCACUGAAGGAUGUUGAUAUAUUUGAAAUCAAUGAAGCCUUUGCAGCCCUCUCUGUUGCAAUAACUAAAGAACUUGGAUUAAACCCAGACAAGGUCAACAUUCAAGGUGGGGCUAUAGCCUUGGGCCACCCUCUUGGAGCAUCUGGCUGUCGAAUUCUUGUGACCCUGUUACACACACUAGAGAGAACAGGUGGUACUCGUGGUGUUGCAGCACUGUGCAUUGGGGGUGGGAUGGGAAUAGCAAUGUGUGUACAGAGAGGAUGAACUGCUAAACGAUCACGCUUAAUGGAAAUUCGAACCUUAUUUCUUUUUAAACUAACAAAGUACUAAGUUUAUAAUAUAUGAAAUCAGAGGACCAAAGUGAGUAUGGAAAUCAUCUCCUUCACAAGAAUCCAAGGUCAAUAGCUUGCUGUACUUUAAUGUGUAAUAUUCAAGGUCCAAGACAAUUGUAUUCAACAUUGUUAUAAAUAAAAGAGAAAUCAGUCAUCAA